GUUUCGGUGCAGAUACUGAAGCGAGAACAAACAAUAUGGUCUCUAAGGUCAUCUUCCUCCUGGUGGCGGCGGCAGCUGUGGCGGUGGUGGCAGACCAGCGACCAGUUUACUCCUAUGAACCCGCAUCAGCAUCAACAGAGGAAUCUGAGUCCGAGGAGUCCUUCGAAUCCUACGAAUCCUUUGAGUCCACCGAGGCAAAGUACAACUUCAACUGGGCCGUGAAGGACGCGCCAUCCAACAACGACUUCGGCCAAGAAGAGGCCCGCGACGGUGACGACACCCAGGGCUCCUACUACGCUCACCUUCCCGACGGCCGCCUGCAGAAGGUGACUUACUACGUGGACGGCGACUCUGGCUACAUCGCUGAAGUCACCUACGAGGGCGAGGCUCGCUUCCCAGACUCUUUUGAGUCCUACGAGUCCGAUGAGUCAUCUGAGGAGGACUCUUAUGAAAGGCGCUAAGUCUCCGCGGCCUCCGAGGGAUUCUGGACUUUCAGGACACCUGCUCUCCAGUGAAGGAAAAGACACCAUGUCACAAAUCUUUAGUUCUUUCUUCAGUAUCAGCUUUCUUUCGAUCAUCACGAAGGCUCAAGACUCUCUACGUCACAGCUUCACUUUCAAGUUCUUACUAAUUCAUACUUGUAUUUAUUGAUGUAUUUAUUUGCUUCGUGAUAAUAAAUUGGCAUCUCGGUGCCACGUGUAAUAACA